AUGAAUCAUGAUAACGAUGUUACUGCUCUGGAUUAUUUAAGGAAAAUAAUCUAUAAAUAUGUUGAAGUUGAUGACAACACGGCAAUAUUGGUUCUUAAUUACAAAGAAGAAACGUCUCCUUUGCAAUCCCGAUACAGAAAUUAUACAUCGGGGUUACUCAAAACUUUAUUAUCCAAUACGCGCUCUGGUAGUGCACAACGGCAAUUUGGGAUAACCUUUUCUUCAUUCAUUUCAGGUGUUUUAGUGUCUCUUGUUUUUUGCAUAAUCCAAGUCAUACUCUUCAGCAUAUUGCGAAAUAGGUUAACUCACAUAUACCAGCCAAACACAAGUUUGUAUCCAAAUAAAAAAAAUGACACAGUUGCAAGUGGGAAUACAGAACAGAAUAAAAGAUCACUAGCGAAACCAUUGGGUAACAAACCGUGGUCAUGGAUCAAACCGACUUGGACAACAUCUAUUGAAGAAUGUCGAGAAUCAGGAUUGGAUGCUUAUUUUUUCUUACGUUUAUUGAAAACACUAUCUAUGUUCUUUCUUAUAUUGUCGAUAGUCAUCAUCCCAAUAUUAAUUCCCAUUCAUUACAUUUCAGGGUAUAAAACUGCUGAUAUCCAGAGUUAUAUAUCACAAAUGGAGCUUAACGAUAAAUUAACGAAUGAUGAAAUGUUGAAUCACUUACCAUAUGGCCUGACAGGAUUGGAUAAGAUUUCAAUGUCAAAUAUAUCACCCGCUCACAGUAAUCGUUUGGUUUUUCAUCUGAUUUUAGCGGUUUUGUUGGUGUGUUUUUUUCAUCACGUAUUGCUUCGGGAAUUGAAGUACUAUGUCUCCGAAAGAAAUAAAGUUCUAACAGGAUCAAUUGAAGCAUCCAGUUAUCAUCAAAACGUUCUUUAUAUCGGUAAUAUCAGCAAAGACUUUAAUAAAAAUAAAAUAGAGUAUUUCUGUGAAUCUUUAAUACCAGGGUGUGUCGAGAAAAUUGUGCAAUUACCUGAUAAUUGGGAAGUAACAAAAGCUCUCGGUCAACAAUUAGAUAGGUUGACAAACCAGAUUGAGAAUAGACAAUUGGAUAUCAUGUUAACGAAAACUUUUUUACCAGCUUCUAAAGCAGCUUCCUAUGAUUUACCCAUUGAUUAUGAGAAGCGCAACUCUUUGGCACGUUUCCCUUUAUAUCAAUUUCCCUACAUGUAUCAUAAAAGGGUGCAUUGUAAAAUAAAAUACCACAGGCUCGUUUAUAAUUGGAAAAGAACUUUAUUUCUCUUAAAAGAACUUAUCAACGGUAAUAUGUUAUUGGGGUUUCGAUUUCAACGUGAUAAGGAAGCAAAAUGGUUUGAACCAGGUCAUUUGGAAUGGAGCGCUCAACAAAUAAUAGAAAAGAAGCAAAUUAAAUUAGAUCAGUACAUGAAGAAGUACGAACAGUCUUUGAUGCAACAAGAGAUGGAAUGUGACGUUAACAGGAAAAGUUCCAGACAAGCUUUUAUAGUUUUCAGAAAAGUAUCAUUUGCACAUAUCUUUGACCAAAUGUUGUUAUCUAAUAAGGACUCAGAAAUGAGUGAUGAUAAAGCUCUAGGUAUUAAUCCAACAGAUAUUAUUUGGUGCAAUAUUCAAACCAUAAAUAGACCUUGGGCUCUAUUAAGGGUUGCAAUAUCGAAUUUCUUAAACGUUGCGAUCAUCAUUGGUUGGGUUGUGCCAGUCGCCAUUGUUGGAUUUGUCUCCCAAAUUCCUAUUAUCACCAAAAUCGUACCCAUUCUAACAAACUUCCAGGAUUUGCCUGAAUUUAUGUCAAAGCCUAUUGCCAGCAUUGUGCCAGCAGUUACUUUAAUCUUCUUGACUGAAGGAGUGCCUCUUUUCUUUAGGUGGUUUAGUGUGGUUAAAUGUUUGAAAACUGGUGCACAAAUUGAAAUGGAUGUUCAGAAAUGGUUCUUUGCAUUCUUGUUUGUUCAUAUAUUUCUCGUCGUAACUAUUUCCUCUGAUAUUUCAGUUGUUGUUGAAACAGUGGUGAAUAAUCCAAUAAAUAUUCCACAUUUGUUGGGAACAAAUUUACCUAAAUGUUCGAACUUCUUCUGUUCAUUUGUAUUGAUCAGAGGUAUAGCAUACUUUGGUGGUAAUCUUUUGCAGUCGAAGAACCUUUUCUUUUAUUUAUUCUAUUAUAGGUGGUCAAACAGAACACCAAGGGAAAAAUUGAAGUACAAAUUAAAUGUCCCUUGUUACCAGUGGGGAUCUUUAUAUCCCAUUUUUUCAGUAUUGGCAAGUAUUACAAUUAUUUACUCCGUUAUCGCACCAUUUGUACUACCAUUGGCUAGUUUUUCUUUCAUUUUUGUCAUGUUCUCUUUCAAAUAUUCGUUGAAGUAUCAAUUUGAUCAUAAAAAUAAAUCAGAGACAUUGGGCAAGUUCUAUCCACAAGCAUUGAUGCAAUUGUAUUCUGGAAUAUAUUUCCUUGAGGCAUGUUUGAUAGGGCUAUUUGCCCUAGCAAAUUGUUUUAAAUUGUCAUUAUUUAUGUUCAUUUUCAUGAUAUUCACUAUCAGUGCGCACUUCCAGGUGUCAAACCUCUCUAAAUCGACCAUCAAGUAUCUUCCUGCAAGUUUGGCAUCGGAUGAAGUCCAGCAUCAGCAGGAAGAUUUCAAAUUGCGUGAUUUAGAACCUAAAACCCAUAAGAUGUGGAUUCCAUUGGAUGAUAACGGGUUUGCAAUUUCUGAUGCUAACUUAUGGCAAUUGAGAUACAAUAUCGAGUUUACACAUCAAAAUGCUUUUGUUGACAAGAUUGGUAAAGUCAUUGUAGUAGGUAAUCCAUACGAUUAG